UGUUUUGCGCAUGUCUGCUACGUGGCCGGUGUUACAGUGGAGAAUUUCUCAACGUUUCUCGACAUUUUCGCACUUUCUUCUUCCUUGAAGAGACGAAAAUGACCACUUAUCAAGACUAUAUCAACCAGAAUGAAGACCGAGAUGGCGUACGAUUCAGCUGGAACGUUUGGCCAUCAAGUCGACUCGAAGCGACGAGAAUGGUUGUUCCUGUUGGUUGUACGUAUACGCCGUUGAAAGAAAGACCUGAUCUUCCUCCUAUUUGUUAUGAUCCUGUACUGUGUUCUCGUAACAGCUGUCGAGCCGUAUUGAACCCAUUUUGCCAAGUGGACUACAGAUCUAAAGUUUGGCAUUGUAACUUUUGCUUCCAAAGAAAUGCUUUCCCACCACAAUAUGCAGGCAUCUCUGAGCAGCACCAGCCAGCAGAACUGAUUCCACAGUUCUCUACUAUUGAGUAUACCCUACAGAGAGGAGGUACCCCUGGCCCUUUGAUCUUCUUGAUUGUACUGGAUACAUGCAUGGAUGAAGAAGACUUCCAAGCAGUCAAGGAAUCACUCCAGAUGUCAUUGAGUCUUAUGCCUCCGAAUGCUCUCGUUGGUCUCAUUACAUUUGGCAAAAUGGUCCAUGUUCAUGAACUUGGCUGUGAGGGAUGCUCAAAGAGUUAUGUGUUCAGGGGAACAAAGGACUUGAGUGCCAAACAGAUUCAGGACAUGCUUGGUAUUGGAAGUAGCGCAAGGGGACAGCCAGGUCCAAGGGGUGCUGGUGGACCAAUGCCGCACCAACCACACCAACCACAUGAUGCCUUCAACAGAUUCCUCCAGCCUGUCCACAAGUGCGACAUGAGUUUGACUGACUUACUGGGUGAACUUCAGAGAGAUCCCUGGCCAAUAGCAACUGGGAAGAGACCUCUGAGGUCUAGUGGGGUAGCUUUGUCUAUUGCUGCUGGGCUUUUAGAGUGCACAUUCCCCAACACAGGAGCAAGAAUCAUGCUGUUUAUGGCAGGCCCUGCGACACAGGGUCCUGGUAUGGUUGCUGACAAUGAGUUAAAGAACCCAAUGAGGUCACAUCAUGACCUUGAAAAAGACAACGCACCACAUGUCAGGAAAGCUAUAAAGUUUUAUGACGCACUCUCUAAACGUGCCUCAGAUAAUGGACACGUCAUCGAUAUAUUUGCCUGUCAGCUGGAUCAAACAGGCUUACAUGAAAUGAAAUAUUGUCCAAAUGCUACAGGUGGUUACAUGGUGAUGGGAGAUUCAUUCAACACAGCGCUGUUCAAACAAACAUUCCAAAGAGUAUUUGCUAAAGAUGUGCGUGGAGAAUUUAAAAUAGCCUUUGGUGGAACAUUAGAAGUCAAGACUUCAAGAGAAUUAAAAGUAUCGGGUGCCAUAGGACCUUGUAUAUCGAUGGAUCGUAAAGGACCAAACAUAUCUGAAACAGAAAUCGGAAGUGGUGGAACUUGUGCCUGGAAAUUCUGUGGCAUGGACCCUUCAACAACUACAGCAGUCUUCUUCGAAAUCGUCAACCAGCACACAGCGCCUGUCCCACAAGGUGGUCGAGGCUGCAUACAGUUUAUCACGCAAUAUCAACACGCAAGUGGUCAACAGAGGGUGCGGGUCACAACAUGUGCACGUAACUGGGUAGAUGCUACCAAUACAGGGCAUAUUGCACUUGGCUUUGACCAGGAAGCUGCGGCAGUACUGAUGAGUAGAAUAGCUGUCUCCAGGGCUGAAGGAGACGAUGGUCCAGAUGUACUUCGAUGGCUUGAUCGCAUGUUAAUUCGACUUUGUCAGAAGUUUGGAGAGUAUCAUAAAGAUGACCCAAGUUCGUUUAGACUCACAGAGAACUUCUCCCUCUACCCACAGUUUAUGUUUCAUUUAAGAAGAUCACAGUUCUUACAGGUGUUCAAUAACAGUCCUGAUGAAACGGCAUACUAUAGACAUAUACUAAACCGUGAAGAUGUGACAAAUUCCUUGAUCAUGAUACAACCGAUCCUUUACUCGUACUCCUUCCAGGGACCACCAGAGCCUGUUCUCCUGGACUCAAGCAGUAUCCUAGCAGACAGGAUCCUACUACUCGAUACAUUCUUCCAAAUUCUCAUCUAUCAUGGCGAGACCAUCGCUCAGUGGAAGAAAGCAGGUUAUCACAAUGACCCUCAGUAUGAAAGCUUCCGUCAGUUAAUCCAGGCUCCGAUAGAUGAUGCUGGUGAGAUCCUGCAGGUUCGCUUCCCCAUGCCGAGAUAUAUUGAAACAGAACACGGAAAGAGCCAGCAACGUUUCCUGCUAUCGAAGGUGAACCCCUCGCAGACCCACAACAACAUGAUCGCCUGGGGACAAGACGCAUCUGGGGCACCUGUCUUGACAGACGAUGUUAGUCUACAAGUCUUCAUGGAACAUCUCAAGAAACUGGCUGUAGCCAACACCUCAUAAGAUAGCCCCUUGCUGGAAAAACUGUCUGUCUGUUCUUCGUUCGUCUUACUAUCCUUAGCUACUCCAAAACCUCUGAAAUUCGAACUCCCAAACUGUGCCCCACAAUUAAUAACGCUUUUCAUACGAUUUAUAAAAGCUGGCUUAAAGAUACCCUUGUGGAGUUUAGAACAUAGAUUCCAAUUUAUUUUUUGCGGAUAUCGUUAUACCCAAAUCACUUAUUUAUUCCUGACUGGAUGUCCUUAAAACAAGUUCUUUUGCACCAAGAACAAAUCCUAGAAACACCACUUACACUACUUAGCUGCUGCGCUCUAACCGUACAUUAGUUAUCAAUGCUUUAGAUAUUCUCAGACUUGUCCUGCCUUACAGUUCAACCAAGAGAAAAUGUUUUAAAUUUUCUCUUUGUUUAUUCCAUAGUUUUUCAUAUACCUAAUACCUAAAUAAAAGUCCUCACAAAAGAAAUUUA